UUGAUAUCAUUUCACCACACAGAAAAGAGGCCUUGAAAUGGCAAAUUACAAGCUUAAUUUGAUGUUGGUUAUGGCUAUGGCUGCACUUGCACUCCAUGUUGCUGCAAGAACUGCCCCAAAUGAGGCGGCAAAAGGUCUCAAUGACCAAAAGAACUUCCUCAACUAUGGUGGAGUUGGUGGUUUCUCUGGCAUUGGUGACGGUGGACUCCCCUUCGGAGGCGGUUUCGGCGGGGGAGGGCUUGGAGGAGGUGGUGGCUUAGGCGGGCUUGGUGGCGGCGUUGGCGGAUUCGGUGGGGUUGGCAUUGGUGGUAUUGGUGGCGGAGUUGGAGGUGGCGUGAUAGGGGGAAUCGGUGGGAUUGGUGGUGGUGGUGGACUCGUUAAACUUCCUUAAAGUAUUAAUCUUAGAGUGGGGGUUUACAAAAUUUGGUGUGUUCUUUUUAUGUGUUUUGUAAUGUCUGGGAGUUUCUUUAGGGUUUAUAAGAAAAGAUAAGUAAUAUGUGUGUUUUGGUUUGUGAUUUUAGUUAAAUACAUCUUGUUGGCAAGGAUGCUUGUGUGAAGAGGAUUUAGGUGCUAUCCUUUUUUAAGUGUAGGAAUAAAUAUAAUAAUAUAUGUUUUUUUGUUCCCAA